AUGCUUUCCAAGGGCUUGUCUACUGGAGCUGAUACUUCCUGUGGAGGAUCGAUUAAGGCUGAGAGCGGAAGGCCUAAUGAGGCUUCGGCUCCAUGCAACUGGUGCAUUACUGCAUCUUGGUGGUCUGCAGCGACGAUUCGUUUGGAAGAGAACUAUCUCAACAUCAGAAGGACGUCGACUGAAUCAAAAAUAUACCUUAUGUAG